AAAAAGACUUCAAAUUUCUUCUCGUGCUGUAGCUUGCCUUUGAUGCGAUAAAACUUUUGGUCUCGUCUUAUCUCCUAACAGACCAGUCUCAUCCAGUGCCGCCCUAAGGUACUAACUAGCUACGAAGUACACGGGCACACCGGUAAACGCUUAUCUCCUCUUCCUUGCGAGAACCGACCGCGCGGGGAAGAGCGAAUACUAGUGACUUGGGCAUCGAAACGUCCAACCUGCCCUGGGUACAUUAGUAGUUUCUGAAGGACCCUUAUCAUUGUCGCGCACUGCAUUUCGAGGCGUACGCGAAAAGAAAGGACCAUCCUGCAUCGCACCCUCGCUUCACUCCGCUGUCCGAGCCCAUCUGAUACCAUGCCUGCACCCUCCCCAGGGAAUUCAACCCAGCCAAGGCGCUCCGCCCUCAAGGCCGACGGCGAGGCCGAGCGGGUGUCCCCUCUCAGCGCUCCCGUCAAAGCUGUUCAGAUCGCUGAGCCCGCGCCCUCGCCUGCUUCUCCCGAUGACCUGCAGGUGAAGAAGCAAUUCUCGGCCGGUGUCGCUGCGAAGCGACUCAGCGGACGACCCCCUCUUCCCGCCACCCCUUCGCGGCCUUCUACCCUCAGCCAAGCCAGCUCGGAAGGUGGCCAGAACUCGGCAGUCGCAACCUCUUCUACCGCCUCCGGAGAAGAAGUCCAGACCCAGCAGCCUCAUGCUCAUCACCGACACAAGCCCGAUAUGGUGACCGAACGGCUCCUGUCCCAGGUGGCAGAGUGGCUCGAGCGGGAGAAGGUCAAACAAGCCAGCAGGAGGUCCCGGCGGUCCCGCCUACGGGGAAAGACACCGCACAACGAUGUCAGCAUUCCGGUUCCCGAACCGGGGAGGCCCCGCGCCGAUUCCAUCGAGUCCGACUCGAGCGAGGCGUCACUGGACCGUCUGCAGAGGAUCUUGGACGAGAGCAUGGCCGCCCUGGGCUUGGGUUCCCUCACGCAACCUCUGCCGCGUUUGGGACGGAGACACCGAAAGAGAUCGAGCAGGAACCUCGCCCGGGCCGCGUCGUCCGACACCGAGUGGCUCGACGACGACGUUGUGGUGCCCAGCUGCGAUGCCUUCCUGGACAAUUCAAAGACUCUUGCCUACAGCGGCGGCAAAGCCAGUGCCGAAGACGGGGCCUCCGUCUCGAGCCGUAAGGAGGAGAAAGAGCGACAGCACUGGAUCACCUUCAAAAACGAGAUAAUCCGUCUGGCGCAUACUCUGCGCCUCAAGGGCUGGAGGCGCGUCCCGCUAGACAGCGGCGAAACCAUCUCGGUCGAGCGCCUUAGUGGCGCGCUGACCAAUGCCGUCUACGUGGUGUCGCCGCCCCCGGAGUCCCUACUGCCCCGGGAACCCGGCAAGAAGCAGCCGGGAAAGGUGUUGCUGAGGGUCUACGGGCCCCAGGUGGAUCACUUGAUCGACCGGGAGAACGAGCUGGGAGUGCUCAGACGGCUUGCUCGGAAGAAGAUCGGCCCCCGGCUGCUAGGCACGUUUCUCAACGGCAGGUUCGAGCAGUACUUGAAUGCCACGGCGCUGACCCCGGGCAGUAUGCGUGAAGCGGACACGUCCAGGCAGAUUGCCAAGCGUAUGCGGGAGCUGCAUGACGGCAUUGAGCUGCUCGAGGAAGAGAAGGACCAAGGGCCGGCGGUGUGGAAGAACUGGGACAAGUGGGUUGGUCAAGUCGAAAAGGCGGUUUUGUUCCUCGAUAGACGGACCCUCUCCCAUUCCCAGAACCCAUCAAACGGCGCGUCGAAAUCGCCGGGUUUCGUUUGUGGUGUGCAGUGGCCCGUCUUCAAGGCGCUCGUAGAGAAAUAUCGCCGAUACGUUGAUGCCUACUACGGCGAUCCUAAGAAGAUACGCGACAGGCUUGUCUUUGCCCAUAAUGAUACACAAUACGGUAACAUCCUCCGCGUCCGGCCCGACGACCAAAAAUCGCCGCUGCUCCAGCCGGCCAACGAACACAAACAGCUGGUUGUGAUCGACUUUGAGUACGCCGCAGCCAACGUGCCGGGUCUAGAGUUUGCGAACCACUUUACCGAGUGGGCCUACAACUACCACGACGCCGUCCGGCCCUACGCCUGCGACACGUCGCGGUACCCGACCCCGGAGCAGCAGCGGCGCUUCAUCAGAGCCUACGUGGACCACCGCCCGCAGUAUUCCCGCGCUGACUCCCCAGCUGCUUCUGCCGGCGCCGCGGCCGGCUCCGCUCCCUCGCCGUCUGCCAGCAACGGGCUGCACGCCGUGCCGUCGACGAGCUCGAUCGUCGACUUCAUGUUGGACGCUCGCGCCCCCGCGGGCGGGUGGAAGGAGGAGGAGCGCAAGAGGGAAGAGGAGGCCGAGGCCAAGGUGAGGGCGCUCCUAGAGGAGACGAGGCUGUGGCGGACCGCCAACAGCGCGCAGUGGGUCGCCUGGGGGAUCGUGCAGGCCAAGAUCCCAGGGCUGGAUGCGGCUGGCGGGGCGAAAAUGCCAGGGAAGGAGGAGGAGGAGGCGGCGGCGGCGGGCGCCAAUGGAGAGACGGAGAGCGAGGACGAUGCCGAGGACGAGUUCGACUACCUCGCCUACGCGCAGGAGAGGGCCUUCUUCUUCUUGGGAGACUGCGUCUUGAAGGGACUGGUCAAGCCCGAGGAGCUCGGAGAUGAGGUCCGGGGAAAGCUCAAGUUUGUCGAGUAUUGAAAGCCGGGCGGCGACGGUUGAUAUGUCUUCAUGAACAAACCGCAGACCGAAACGGAGGCGAAGUUUUUCUGGCUUGGUUAUUGUGGUGAGAUGCGAAGAGGAGGGAGAGAGAGAGAGGAGAGAAGGGUGGAAGACAGAACAGGCCGAGGCC